CGACGUGACUCUAAACGUCGCCGCCUUGUUCGCCCGGCACCUUCACUUUUCUCUUCUCCUCUUCUCGGUGUGUCGCCUGGAUACAAGACACAUAUACUAAAAUCUGCGGAAAUCGACCGCUCGGUACAUCUUAAACCCUCCCCGCCCGUUGCCAUCACUCCCCACCACUUCACCGCGCCCUCCACCGAACCCGCCUUUACCACCAUCAACCCUUGUGAGAGAACACCAAACACAAGCGCACUCCCCGGUGUUGCUUGACAAUCCGCUUGUCUGUGACACAGCGGUUUCGACCAUAAAGUUCCUUACGCGCAAGAAGUCGCCUCAGAAAAGUGCCCAAGAGCACGCGACGACACAACCCACCAUGUCUUCCAGUAUGCCACCCGUCCCGGCCAAGGACGAUGUCAACGCCACAUGGAAGUACCUCGAAGCUGGUGUCGACAAAAUCAUGACGAACCUGCGCGAAGGUGUCGACAUGAAGACGUACAUGGGUCUCUACACCGCCAUACACAACUUCUGUACCGCCCAAAAAGCCGUCGCCGGCUCGUCGUUCCACGCCGCCAACAACCGCGGAGGUGCCCAUCUCCUCGGAGAGGACCUCUACCAGCACUUGAUCGAAUAUCUGAAAGCGCAUCUCUCCGAAGUGCAGGCGGCUUCACGGCAACAUGUCGACGAGGCGCUCCUCCACUUCUACAUCAAGGAGUGGAACCGCUACACGACGGCUGGCCAGUACAACAACCAUCUCUUCCGGUACUUGAACCGUCAUUGGGUCAAGCGCGAGAUGGACGAGGGUAAGAAGCACAUCUACGACAUCUACACACUGCAUCUGGUGCGCUGGAAGGAGGACAUGUUCACGGGCAGCCAGGAGAGCGUCAUGCGCUCAGUCCUGAAGCUGGUGGAGAAGCAGCGAAACGGCGAGACUAUAGAGCAGUCGCAGAUCAAGUCGGUCGUCGACUCUUUCGUAUCGCUGGGUCUGGACGAGGCCGACAGCUCCAAGUCCACACUGGAUGUCUACAAGGAAUACUUCGAGAAGCCCUUCCUAGAGGCCACCGCGCAAUACUACGACAACGAGUCCAAGCAGUUUCUGGCAGAAAACAGCGUGGUUGAAUACAUGAAGAAGGCAGAGAUCCGUCUGGAAGAGGAGAAGGAGCGCGUCCCACUCUACCUGCUCAACGAGAUCAUGUCACCUCUGAUGCGGACAUGCGAACAGUCGCUCAUCACAAGCCACUCGCAAGCACUUCGCGAGGAGUUCCAGAUCCUUCUUGACCAUGACAAGGAGGAGGACCUAGGCCGCAUGUACAAGCUACUUGCCCGCAUUCCUGAGGGGUUAGAUCCUCUGCGACUUCGGUUCGAGAACCAUGUCCGCAAGGCGGGUUUGGCUGCCGUCGACAAGAUCGCGCAAGACGGAGACAGCCUGGAGCCAAAGGUGUACGUCGAGGCCCUUCUUGAGGUCCACACUCAGUACCAGGCGCUCGUCAACAAGGCGUUCAACGGAGAGUCCGAGUUCGUUCGUUCAUUAGAUAACGCCUGCCGCGAGUUCGUCAACAGAAACAAGAUCUGCAAGUCUGGCUCCAACAAGUCGCCUGAGCUUCUCGCAAAGUACACCGAUACUCUGCUGAAGCGCUCCAACGCCAAGAUGAGCGAGGAGGACGACAUGGAGAAGCUUCUAACACAGAUCAUGACUGUCUUCAAGUAUAUCGAAGACAAGGACGUGUUCCAAAAGUUCUACUCGCGUAUGUUGGCCAAGCGUCUGGUCCAGACGACUUCAGCAUCAGACGACGCCGAGACCAGCAUGAUCUCGAAGCUGAAGGAAGCUUGUGGUUUCGAAUACACCAACAAGCUACAACGCAUGUUCCAAGAUAUGCAGAUUUCCAAGGAUCUAAACACUGCGUUCAAGGAAUGGCAGUCAAACAACUUGGACGAGUCAGAUAUGAAGACCAACGUCGAUGCCUCAUACCACAUUCUCGGUACCGGUUUCUGGCCUUUAAACCCACCCACCACACCGUUCACCCCGCCGCAACUUAUCGUCCAGACAUACGAUCGCUUCUCUCGCUUCUACAACCACAAGCACCAAGGUCGCAAGCUUACCUGGCUAUGGCAGCUGUGCAAGGGUGAGGUCAAGGCCAACUACUGCAAGGUCGCGAACCUGAAGACUUCACCAACCUUCCAGGUCUCGACGUACCAAAUGGCCAUCAUGUUGCUGUUCAACGACAGUGACACCGUCACUUAUGAUGACAUUGCUGAGUCUACCAAGCUGAACAAGGAGACUCUCGACCCUAGCUUGGGUGUCUUCAUCAAGGCCAAGGUUCUGCUCGCCCAACCUGAGGGUGCGAAGCCUGAGUCCGGUACUUCCUACAAGCUCAACACCGGCUUCAAGACCAAGAAGGUGAAGAUGAACUUGAACAUCGGUAUCAAGUCUGAGCAAAAGGCCGAGGCGGAGGAUACGCACAAGACGAUUGAGGAGGACCGCAAGCUACUCAUUCAGUCGGCUAUCGUGCGUAUCAUGAAGUCCCGCAAGAAGAUGAAGCACCAGCAGCUCGUUUCAGAGACCAUCCAGCAGAUCAAGACCCGAUUCAUGCCCCGCGUCCCCGACAUCAAGAAGUGCAUAGACAUCCUGCUCGAGAAGGAAUACCUGGAGCGUCUGGAGGCAGACGAACUCGGUUACCUGGCAUAAACGAUCGUUGCUAAAGUCGGUCGGUACGUAGGAACAUCUUGAGUAAUGAGUAAUGGGCUUUUCAUCUUUCACGGGUCGGGUCUUCGUCUACAUCAUCACCCCCACUUCUUCGAUGUGUAUCAUUUGGGCGUUUCCUGUCAUGGGCAGCCGGAGUUAGGGAAACAAUUGUGUGGGAAGGGCGAAAUGGAUGAUGGGACUUUUGGGAAUGGAGAUAUUACGCGCUGAUAAGGUGCGUUAGGUAUCUAUCCCUUUUCUUGAAUGAUAGAUGGGAUAUAAAAGCCAGACAUGGUUUAUUAAAAGAAGAUUGUG